UCUCUCUCCCUCUCUCUCUCUCUCUCUCUCUCUCCGUCUUGUUGGACUCCCCUCGCGCUCUGAACAUGACCCGAGACUUCGCCAUUUUUUCCUCUCUCAUUCCUCUCUGCGUCUUUUAACGAUCCCAGGACGUUUUUUUUUACCGGACUUUAAAAAACAAAACAAAAAAACAAAACAACAACAAACACAAGCUCGCGAGCAGAAACUCCUCUAAACACAGAUCGCUCCUCCUGUCCGCGACUCUUCCUCCGCAGUCGUCAUGCCGGAGCCGCGCGGUUCUCCCGCAGAUUCUCCGUUCUCCAUCCGGAACCUGCUGAGCUGCGACACGAAGCCCAAACCGGCGGCCAAACCCGCGAGACCGGAAGCAGGAUUCGGGGUCGGAGUCGGGGUCGGGGUCGGGGUCGGUCUCGGGUUGGGACUCGGCUUCGGGGACUUCAGCUUGGCUCGGCUCGAGCUCCUCAACCCGCACCGGUUAGCGCUGCCCGCCUACCUGGAGCGCGCGAGCUGGUAUCCACCGCACGCGCUCACCGGAGCUUCCGCACACCUGUACAGCACCGCAGAUAAAAGCAGCACGUGCUCAGAGAGAGACUCCCCGGAGUUCCGGUCCGACCCGGAAACUAAGGAAGAGCACGAUGAUGAUGAGGAUGAGGAGGAGGAAGAAGAGUGCGCGAGGAGCGGAGAGGAGGAAAUCGAGGACACGGACGCGGAAGAGCGAAAGAGAGACGCGGCGCGUGAGAGAGAAGAAGAUGAAGAUGAAGAGGAGGAGGAAUGGAAACGGAGCGCGCGGGUGACACCGACGGCGACGGCGAUGGCGCUGGCGGAAGCGGACGAGGAGGAUGAGGAGAAGAAAGCGGGCCACCGGAAGAAGAAGACGCGCACGGUGUUCUCGCGCAGCCAGGUGUUCCAGCUGGAGUCCACGUUCGACGUGAAGCGCUACCUGAGCAGCUCGGAGCGCGCGGGCCUCGCCGCCUCUCUGCGCCUCACCGAGACUCAGGUGAAGAUCUGGUUCCAGAACCGCAGGAACAAGUGGAAGCGGCAGAUCGCCGCCGAGCUCGAGGCCGCGAGCCUGCAGCAGCACCACCUUCAUCACCACCACCAUCACCAUCACCAGCAUCCUCUUCAUCAGCAGCACCAGCAGCGGAUCGUGCGCGUGCCCGUGCUCUAUCACGAGAGCGCGGCGGCGGCGGCGGCGGCGGCUGCAGCGGCUGCGGCGGCGGCCUCCUCCUCUUCCUCCUCGUCGGAGAGCGCGAGCCCUCAUCACACCAGCGCCAGCACCAUCACGACCAGCGCGAGCACCACCACGCCCACGCCGCUCCUCGCCUUCCCGCACGCGCUCUAUUACCCGCAGCCGCACUUACCGCUGCUCAGACGCACGUAGACUUUAUUUAACUGAAAUUACACUCAAAUAUUAAACCAACAACAACAACAAAUUAAAGACUGAAAUACAGAUUUUUUAAAUGAGAAAAUAUAAACUGAUAGAGAAAUUAUUUUUCUAAGAUACAAACGAGUUUUUUCUUUUUUCUUUUUUUCUUUUUUUGGCACGAAACGAUUAAUGGACAACAUUUAAAUCUUUUUAUUUUAUUUUAUUUUAUGUCACUUAAUUUUCGGUCCAUUUGAAAAAAAAAAAAAAUCCAAGCAGAGGAUACAUUUAGAUGAGGCUAAGCAUUAUUAUUAUUAUUAUUAUUAUUAUUAUUAUUAUUAUUAUUAUUAUUAUUAGUGACGACAACAACAACAACAACAACAAUAAUAAUAAUAAUAAUGAUAAUAAUCCUUCGUCUCAUCUGUAAAAAGCAGUUGACUGUUUACAUAAUGGUUUUCUAGCUAUAUAUACCUAUAUAUACUGUGUGUGUGUGUGUGUGUGUGUGUGUGUGUACAUGCGCGAGUGCAAUAUCGCAGGGACUGUGUGUUUCUGAAUCUCUUCUAAACAUAUGUUCAGUAAAAUGUCACUCAAUGGACAAUCACAUUAAAAAAAACUCUACAUUUCCAUCUGCAUUAACAUACAUAUAUAUAAACAAACAAACAAAAAAAAAGAAUAAUAAUAAUAAUAAUAAUGAUAAUAAAAACCGGAAAUGGCGUUGAAAUCUUUCUUUGAGCUGAGCUGUGGAUGUACAUUUGAAAGAAGUGCAGUGUGCUUUGUACAGAGAGAUGGAGAAUCUUUUUCAUAUUGUACCGCUGAUUCCUGUUGUGAAAUAAAUAAAUGUUAUAAAGCUG